AUGUUAGAACCAUUUGAGAUAUCACUUUUAAGACAAUCAGUUAUUAUGAUUUUCAUUCAGAGUAUUUUGUUACUGACAGCUUUAAAAUACUACGAGACACCCAAGUUGUAUGAAAAUGAUAAAAUUUUAAAUCAAUCCUCCAACUAUGGAGAGAUCAUUUUGAAUAAUUUAAUGAUCUUCGAUAACUUUUACAUCAGACCCUAUAAUUUUUGGCAGUGGUUUGACGAUCACAUCAAGUUUUGGGAAUUCUUGGCCACAUUCACAGUAUUCAUGACAUUCAUACUGACCAUUUUCCGAAACUCAAUGCUUUUUGUUAAAGUGGUUUCAGUCAUGGCACUUUUCACUGAAAGUUUGUUACCCUUACCUCAAAUUUUAUUGAUCUACCGGUUGAAAUCAGUGAAAAAUUUCAAAUGGAUCUUAAUCGUUUCAUGGUUGUGUGGAGACAUUUUGAAACUAGCGUACUUACUAUUUGGAACGACCGAAGUUUCAGGUGUUUUCUUUGCAGCAGCUAUUUUUCAAAUGAUGUUGGAUUUUGUGAUUGUAGGACAGUUCUUUUAUUAUAACGAGGAUUCCCUCGUAUUACCUGUCAGUGCAUUAAACAUAUAA